UCUUGAUUCUGUUCUCUCAGUUCAUCAGAUACUUCUCUAGUUGUUUUUGUUGUUGGUUAUUCCUGGGGUUGGUAUCUGAUAAAGUUGCAGCAUUAAAUGAUCUAGGUGAAGUUGAUGCACUAAAGGCUCUUACAAAAAAAAUCAAAAUUUAAAGCUGAAGGUUGAUUACAUGGAUAAUCCUGAAGGCCCUGACAAAAAAUUUGAAGGUGCACCACAGCAUGAGGCUCCAAAUCCUGAUCAAUCUGAGAAACAAAUGCAUCAAUCAGAAGGUAACAAAGUUGGUGGCAUGGAUCACCAUAAAGGUCCUGACCAAGAAAUCAAAAGAGCACCACAUCAUGAGGCUCCAAAACAUGAUCAAUCUAGGAAACACAAGAAUCAAUUUGAAGAUGAUGAAAAGUACAUGGAUCACCCUAAAGGUCCUGACCAAGAAAUCAAAAGAGCACCACAUCAUGAGGCUCCAGAACAUGAUCACUCUAGGAAACAUAAGAAUCAAUUUGAACAUGAUGUACAGCACAUGGAUCGCCCUGAAGGUCCUGACCAAAAAUUUAAAGGUGAACCACGACACCACACUCCAGAAUUUGAUCAUUCCAAGAAGAAAAAUCAUGAAUUAGAAGAUGUGGUUGGGUACAUGGAUCAACCAAAAAGUCCUAAGCACAAGUUGAAAGGUCCACUAACUCCAAAACAUGGUGAAUUCAAAGAGCAAAAGAAUCAAGUUGAAGUUGAGGAUGAAUACAUAGAUUACCCUGAAGGUCCUAACCAAAAGCUCAAAGGUGUAACACCACCACACCAGAUUUCAGAAUCUGAUCAAUCUGACAGAGAGGUUGGUUUCAUGGAUCACUCUAUAGACCCUAAACCAACAUUGAAAGAUGCACCACAAUAUGAGGCCACAGAACCUGAUCAAUCCAAGAAACAAGGUGAAGUUGACUACAUGAAUUCUCCCAAAGAUUCUGUUGAUGAAUCUGAGAAACAAGUUACUCAAUCUGAACCCAAAAGUAUCCCAAAUCCAGACAUUAAAAGUGCAGAUGAUGACAAAGGAAAACAAAGUUUGCAAACCACUGACAAAGAGGUCCCUCCUGUGCUAGAAGCACAAAAUGAAACCACUGAAGGGGAAGAUGAAAUUAAUAGCACAGGAAUUGAAAGAAUUUCUAGAAAUAUUCCUGAAAACAAGAAUAAACCAGAAGAUUCAUCAAGCCAGUUAGCUGCAACCCCUCAAGAUCAAGGUAAAGGUGAAAUUGCACCAAGGAAGAAGCAUUUUUGGAGUAAUUGGCCAGUUAUUGGUGAUGCUCCUAAGGCCAUUGUAGCCGAGCAACCUGAAACUGACCCUUCAAAAGAGAAACAGCAAGAACAUAUCGAGGUUAAAGUUGAUGAAGAUAACAAAGCUGCAGAAGUUGUUCCUGCUGAAACUACAUCUAGUGAACCAAGUGUAGCAGAAAAUAGGAAGACAUUGGAAAUUCUUAAAAGUGUUGUGUACGGUGGUUUGAUUGAAUCAUUAACAAGUCUCAGUGUUGUGACAUCUGCUGCUAGUGCUGAUGCUACCACAUUGAACAUUGUGGCUCUGUCUAUGGCUAAUCUGAUUGGUGGACUUUUCAUACUUGGUCAUAAUCUGGAGGAACUGAAAUCUGAACAAGUGGAUAGGUACGUAGAGUUACUGGGUGAGAAGGAGAAUUUCAUUGUGCAUGCUUUUAUAGCAGUGAUAUCGUUCCUUGUGUUUGGAUUGGUGGCACCAGUGGUGUAUGGGUUUUCAUUUGGUGAGAGUGGUGACAAGGAUUUAAAACUAGCUGCGGUUGCUGCAGCUUCUCUACUAUGCAUCACUAUGCUUUCCAUUGCCAAAGCAUACAUCAAGAGACCAAGCACCUACUUCAAAUACUUCAAAACGGUGCUUUACUAUGUCAGCACUGGUGCUGUGGCCUCACUGCUUUCUUACAUAGCUGGUGAUCUUGUGAAGGAACUCAUACAAAAGCUUGGAUGGUUUGAUUCAGCAUCAGAUUUUUCCUUGCAGAUUCAUGGGAUUGGCAUUCAACAAUGGGGAUCAUACUAAGAGAAGGUGUUAAGGACUUUAUUAAUUGAUUGAUUGCUUUUUAUUCGGUGUGUAACUUCUUAAAAUGGUUGUUGUCGUGAAUGAGAAUAUACAAUAACUUUGUUUAAGAUUGUCUGUACUCUACUGAUCGUAUUAUGGUUUUUAUCUACCACUAGUUGGUUCUGCAAACUCUUUCAUGCAAAAUUGUUUGUUUGAUGUU